AUGCGGCUGACGCGCUCCCUGCCUCCGCAGUUCUUGUUGCCAGCAUGGAGCGUGCGACAAUUAGCCCAGGCCUCGCAGCGAGUGCCAACAGCUUUCAGUACUUAUGAUGGUUACUCUCCGAAACCAACAGGAUCUCGAAGAGGUCCGUUUCGAAAAGUCGUCCAAAAAGACAACAAGUUCGUCAGGAAGCAGGUGGUUGCAGAUGAUCCAGAUUUGAAACCAGAAGCUCGAAGACCUGGCGAACCAGACACGGAAUCCGUAUCUCACAGGACUGUCACCGCAGAUGUCCAUCUGGGGCCGACGCAGACGGAACCCGAGCAGCCGAAAACUCAUCGUUCAAAGUCAUUGUCACUGUUCGACGAGCUGUUUCCUGAGGAGAGUCAAGCUAGGAGUAAACGGGAGAAGGCGGCAGAGAAGAGAUUAGACAAGCUGCCUGCGUUUAUAUGGAAUUCUACGAACUCUGCGCCCAGUGCUACGGAUCGAAGGGAGCGGAAGAGGGAAGAGAGGAGGGUAAAGCACAAGACGAUUCCUCAACGAGGAGAGCUUGUACGAGCGGAGCAAGUUCAAUACCCUCCGACGAGACUCAACAUUCAGCGUCUUAGGGAUGAUCUUGGGCGAGAAGCAGGGGCGGUGACUUUGCCAAGCUUGAUGGUGUUGAAUGCCUGCAGUAAGAACCUGGAGGAGAGCGAUUUCUUCCGGUUGAGUUCUAGAGGAGAGCACAUUCAGGGAUGGGCAAGCGGUAUUAUCAAAGUCAUCCAAGCCAGAGAUAGAAACUCUCUGGAGAAAUUGGGUCAUUACUUUAUCCUCUGCUCCAAUGAUGCUGCUGCUCGAGCAUACCAAGACCGAACAAAUAUAUUACACAAAUUGGCUAGAUCAAUGAAGAUAAUGGAAGACUCAGGUGUUCCAAUUCCGCCAGCAUACCUGCAAGAGGGUGAGGAUCCAGCGACGCUGCUGCAAGGUUUCUCGCUGGUUCCAGCGUGCGGCCAGGUGUCAUUGAGGAUUCUAAGGAAGCCUUAUAUGCCACCCGUGCUUAGGCUGCUGAAAGAAGGCGGAGAGGCUGCUCGUAUUACAAAGGAGAGCAAGGCAGGAGAAAUGGUGAUAUUUUCUGUAGACAUUGGGCACAUAACUCAGUAUGACCUUGAGGAAGCGCUGAAAAACGAUGGAAGACGGCGGAAUUUGCACUGGAAACUUGGAAGGGAAGAAACAGGUCAAAUCGUCAAGCUCACGUAUGAUGAUCAUGGCAAUAGCCCGGAAGAGCCAGGAGAGAGGACCGAAGAGUCCGUCGAAGCGUAUCGGGCUCGGAAGAAGGAAGAAUAUCGAAGACCAUCGAGGUAUGUGAUCUCCUUCAGGGACCGCAACGAAGCUCGGAGAUUUGUCAGGGAAUGGCAUCGGCGUCCGUUUCCUAUGAACCGCCAACACAACCCAGGAGAUGAGCCAAUUCCUAUAAUAAAUGCAGAAAUCCUGUGGUAG